AAGUCAUACUAACAACACGAGAAAGUGAUCUGAAUUAACCGAAUCAGUUGAUUCUGAAUACGUGAUGGGCGUUAAAGCAAGCAAAUUGAGCAAGCUGAUUGGGAUCGGAAUGGUUGGGAAACGGCUAAAACUCAGUGGAGCUUCCGUUAUGACACCUAGAGGUUAUGUUCCUGUUGCCGUUGGAGUAAACCUUAAUGAAUCGAAACGAUUUAUGGUACACACAACGGCUCUCUACGAUGCUGAAUUUUUGGAGAUGUUGUCACGAUCCGCUGAAGAAUAUGGAUUUCACAAUCAAGGUAUUUUGAGAAUUCCUUAUGAGACUAAUGCUUUUGAGAAACGUAUGUUUAAUGUCACUACUUGUGCUGGUGGGAGCAAUCGAAUUACUCCAAAAAUCAGGGCAUCGGAUUAACCGUUAUUAUGCGGUGUCAAAUCAAAGUACGUACAUGUUAUGUAGUAGUAUUUAUGAUUCAAUCCUCUGUAUUCAGAGAAGAACUUUGUAUAUUAUAAUUAUUAUUCCCUGCUGAGAUGGAUUGUAAUAUAUAUUUACAUGUUGGUGUAAUAUUUUAAAACUUUAGAUGGUUUUUGUUAUGAUCAUUUUACAAAUGCAUAG